AUGUGUAUUAAAGGUUUUAAAAAGUGGGGUCCAGGUGGAGAUCCAAAAUGGGAUAAAAAGUAUAUGCAUAAUGCAGCUACAGGAUGGUUAAAGUGUGCUCAGUUAUGGUUUGUUCCUGAUCAGACUACAAAGUAUGUUCAGGCCUCUGCAGCACCUCCUGCUUAUAUGCCUUCUGUUGUACCAUUAUAUCCCAGUUUGGAUGAAUUAAAAAAUGAUUUUUCUGAUGAUGAUACUGAUGAAAUUUUAAUGACGAUUGGUAGAGGGAAAAGGCAUGUUGGACAGAUGGUUGUGAAUCCUUCUGCAAUGGUGAGAUCCACUGCAGAAAGUGUUGAUGUUGGUAAGAAAGAUGAAAAAGUAACUAAAAAGUCUGUGGAUGUUGGUGCAGAGAAUAAGAAUGUUGAUAAAAGUAAGUCUGUUCUACCUGUGACACUGGAACAGAACAAUCUAAGAAUGCUGACCCGUGCUCCGUGCUAUAUCUAG